GAAGUGUUUGAACGCUAUCCUGUUGCAUUCACCUUAUUGAACUCGCUAAAUGAGUUUUCAACAUUUCAGGGUGCCUAUAGCACCCCACGAAGACUAUCACCCAGGACAAGAUCCCGGUUCACUUCAGUCUGACCAUUUGUCUCAGGCUCCAUCGGCAGCAUCUGUCGGCCAGCUCGAACAGGAUCAUAACGGUUCAUAUCAAUAUGACCUUGCUUCGAACGAGAAGGCACCGUACGGUUGCGGAGAUGUAGAAGACGGUUAUACACUACUCUUUCCAUCCAUGUCAGCUUUCCAAGAGUGGAAGGAGAAGGAAGAGGAAGAGAAGAUGAUCGAGUUCGUCAAAGGCGAUACGCAUACGAGCAGGGCCAAGCCUCCGCGUUUCAAAACCCAUACCAAGCUUGUAUGCGCACGACAUUCGAGGAGCGGGAGGAAGAAGUAUGUUAAGAAGUAUCCGGACAGAGUCAGGAAAGUUCCUAGUCGUAAGCUUGAAGGACAAGGAUGCGCUGCAUCGAUCAGUUACAAGACUUAUUGGCAUGCCGAAGAAAUUCGUGUCUGUUACAUUCCGGAACACUCCCAUCCAAUCGGACUUGAGAACUUCCCUUUCACGAAACGAGGAAGGAAGGCUCAGGCAGAACAACAGCCGCGAAGGCGUGUUCGGACUACGAACGCAAGCACUGCAGUACCACCGGCCGUCGAAUCCGAACAGUCACAGAGUCCUACCUCACCUUCGUCUUCACCUGGUAUGAACGUCAUGGGGGGUUCGUCAUCGAUGCUUGUACGGUCUUCUGUGGAUGUGCGCCAACCGAUCCCUCCACAACUGCCCUCAAGUUCGCACUCAUCUCAUUCCUCAUCGUCGACCCAUACCUCUCCCAGGUCAGUGGUGCCCGUAUCUGCCUCAGGCCCAGUCCCCUCACCUAUUGUCACAUCUGUUCCCGAACCACUUCCUCAUUCCAUCCCCCAAAUUCAAUCGCAGUCCUCCACUUAUCCAAAUCAAGUUCCUCAACAACACAUACUUCCACCAGGCAUAGACUCUUUACAAGAGAGAUGGAACAGGAUGGAGACGCUCUUUCAACAUGCCCGACAUACCGCUCGUUCUUUCAAUUUCACCCCUGCUUCAGUCGCUAUGUUGGAAUUGGUUCUAUGCAGGAUGUAUGAAGAGGCACCAUCGCCUGCCCAUAGCCAACAGAUGGCGGUGGUGCCGUUCAAUGGCAUGAACGGUGUCAGCAGUGCCACCAGUAUGAACGCUAUGAAUAGUGUUAAUGGUGCAGCACCGAUGCAUACCGCCCCUCAUACCAAUGGGUCUAUCAGGACGUAGGCCCGAUUCUUCCCCUUCCCUUCCCCCUCUGACUGUACUUUCACGACGCUAUCAUGUUCUUUGGACUGUCAUCUUAUACGGUCCGUCAAGACUUUUUCUGUGCCUGUUGUGUUACUAGCCAUUAAUAGGCAAGAUACCAUAAUUUCUCUCUACGUCAUCACAAUAGCUUUCACUCCUAUGACAUUCCAAUUCCUCCCUCCUCUUCCCGUUCGUCUGUCCAGUUCCUUAUGUUGUUUCAUUUCUUUCCGAUUGUAUUACGAAUGUUCGGUCAAGCCCAAUUUCUCAAUGGACCCUGCGAUAGUAGUACAGUAAUACUUUACGCUCCUUGUAUUUUUACAUUCAUCACGACGACACUGUCCCAUUGUAUACCAUACAGCUCCAUUCUAUCACCUGAGAUACACAAACACAUCAUCCUUCUCGG